AAGCUGAAGCGGAGCGGGAACCCGAGCAGAGCGCAGCCUCUCCAGCCGAGCCCACGACCGCCAACCAGGAUGCUGCAGUGGCUGCCCGUCGUGGCCCUGGCCUGCGUGGCCCUCUCUCAGGCCAAACCCGCCACGCCUGGCCCUGGCGUGACCCGUGUGGCCAGGCUGUGCACGGACUUCGGCGUGAAGGUGUUCCGGGAAGUGGCGAAGGCCUCCAAGGACCGGAACGUGGCCUUCUCGCCCUACGGCGCCGCCUCUGUCUUGGCCAUGCUGCAGAUGGCAGCUGCGGGAGAGACACAGAGGCAGAUCGAGGAUGCCAUGGAGUACAGCGUGAACGAACGGGGCAUCCCGCGAGCCACGCGGUGGCUGCAGAAGAUGCUGACAGACCCCCGGAACAAGGACGUGGUGGACACCGCAGACGCCUUGUUUGUCCAGCGGGACCUCCCGCUGGUGCCUGGGUUCUUGCCACGGUUCCACCGGAUUUUCCACCAGAUGGUCAAGCAGGUGGACUUCACAGACAGCCGGCAGGCCCGCCACAUCAUCAACGCAUGGACAGAGCAGCACACCAACGGCAUGAUCCGGGACUUCUUGGGCGAGGGCGCCCUGGACCAGCUGACCCGCCUGGUGCUGGUGAACGCGGUGCACUUCAAGGGCCUCUGGAACUUGCCCUUCCCGGUGGCCGACACGCGGCAGCGGGUCUUCCACAAGCUGGACGGCAGCACCACCCUGGUGCCCAUGAUGGAGCAGACGGCCAAGUUCAGCUACGGUGAAUUCUCCACCCCGAAUCAGGUGGAGUACGAUGUCGUUGAGCUGCCCUACCAGGGGGAGACGCUCAGCAUGCUCAUCGCCACCCCCUUCAAGAUGGGCACCCCCCUCUCGGCACUGACGGCCUUCCUCGACUCUGAGCUGGUGGCCGAGUGGAAGAGCGGCAUGAUGCAGGUGACGCGGCUCCUUGCGCUGCCCAAGUUCUCCUUGGAGAGCGAAGCCGACCUCCGCGGGCCUCUGGAGAACCUCGGCAUGCAGGCCAUGUUUGAUGCCAGCAGGGCCAAUUUCAGCAGCCUCUCCGCCCAGGCGCCGCUCUUUGUUGCUCAAGCCCUGCAGAAGGUGAAGAUCGAUGUCAACGAGAGCGGGACCGAGGCCUCCUCUGCCACAGCUGCUGUCGUCUACGCCCGGAUGGCCCCCUUGGAGAUGGUGAUGGACAGGCCCUUCCUCUUCAUUGUGCGGCACAACCCGACCGGUGCCAUCCUGUUUAUGGGCCAGGUCAUGGAGCCCUGACGCCCGCCCCCCUCCUCGCGCGGAACCUCGCUGGAGCAGCAGCAAGUCUGUCUUGCCCGUCCUUCCGCAUUUCUUUCCUGAAGACCCAUGGACCGUGCCCUGGUCUCCAUCUUGCUGCUGAGUGUGUGGGUGGCCCAGCAACUCUUGCUGGCAAAGCUUCUGCUGUUCUUUCACCCGAGACAAGAAUUCUGCGGAGCUUCCCCCGGGAGACCUGCAUGCGGAGAGGCCUCGACUAAACCCACUCCUUCUGCAUCAAAGUCUGUCUUGUGCUGGGACAGAAGCUGUAUCAGGCGACUAAAAAGCAUUCUGCCAAAUAUAACUCCCAAACAAAAGCCCCUUCGAGGACACCGGGAGGCAGCCGGCAGGACAAGCGGGCAGGCCGGCGUCUGAUGAGGGGCAUUCGGUGGUCACCCCGAACUGGAGCACUGCGGCCAGGAGAGUGCCAAAUGCUUACACUGACGGAAUGGAAGCUCGGCACCUGUGCAUUUGCGUUCCGACUUCCCCACGGGGGGGUCCCCUGCCUUGGUUCCCCUGCCCGGCAUGGCCUGAGCAGGUCUGGAUCUGCACUUUUGAUGCGCCGUAUUCUUUCUGCACUGCCCAGGCAGAAGUAGAGUGUGGGGCUGUCAACGGGGGGAAGGCUGCAUGUCUUCUUCCUUCUACUUUUUGGACUUAAUGAACACGUGGAGUGGGGAUGAUGAUGAUGAUGAUGAUGAUGAUGAUGAUGGAGGGAUGGGUGGUCAGGCUCCCCAACUUGGGCCUGUGACUGAGGAAUGGUGAUGAUUGCAGAAGCAAGCAUUAGAUGCUGGGAGGGAAAGAAAACUUCGCAAACAGCUUGACAAAUAUGAGAUUAAUCCCCUCUCUUCCUUCUUAGCAACCUGCCCUUCAUCACGUUUUUCUUAAACUCAGGCCUGUGCUGCAGGGGCUCCGAGCCUCCUUCAGUACACACCCCACUGGAAGUGAAGAGGGGCUGCAGAAGGGUCUGGCCUCUGAGUCAAAUGCACCUGCCCAACUUGAGGAACCUUUAUCACAUGUGCCGCAGCUGCAGAGACACUAUUGCAACAUUUCUCAGGCCAGAUGUUUUGUUCUAAUGACUCACGGGUGUUGCCCAUCCUCUGGCAGGUCUGAGUUCCUAGAAUAAUUUCCAGUUAAUCAUAAUGUGACAGCAGGAUUGCUGACUCACGGAAGUGUGGCUGAUGCUAUUUGUAUGAGGAACAGCAUGUUUCUCCGCCCGAGUCUUGGCCGGCUCCCAGGAAUCCCAUCACAACUUGCUCCUUUGUCCCGGCUGUGCUCCUGGACUGCUGCCCUGGGCCUUUGGGCCUCAGCGCUCCUGCCAGGUUUGGCCCAAGGCAAGCCGGUCCCGCCUCCCAGGCUGCCAUGGCCAGCAUUUCUGUGCCUUUCCCGCAGAAUGGAACGUGAUCACUCCGGGAACAAGUCUUAUUUUUUCUUGGAGGGCACGCGCUGUAAACUGAGUUGAGGGAGAGCCACAUGGAGUAGCAGCCACCAGGACCCACCACCAUGCCUCCUCAAAGUCCCAAGUGCGGUGCGUGUGCGUGCGAGUGUGCGUGUGCGUUCGUGUGUGGGAGGCGGGCGGGGGGAGCCGAUUUCCCUUCCCAUAAAACGACGGCCGCCCUCGGUUCAUGGCCUGGCGCUGACGGCCCCCGCCCCCGCCUCGAGGAUCCGUAUUUAUAACGCAAAGCGACUUCUGUUCAGAGAUGCGGUUAUUUUUUCACUUGCAGAAACUGUAGAGAAAUAUAAUUUUAUACCUGUGUACAUAAAUAUUCUGGAUGGGAGCGGGAUGCUCCUUGAGCUACGGAAUAAAAACACUAACCUCACUCGA